AUGCCUGGAACGCUUCUCGGCUAUGUCUUCAACAAAACUCUUUCUAAGAGCAUCCCCGUCUACAUCGCCGAGUCUGGCACCGGCUUCAAGCGCCUCACCGGGGCUAUCGAUACGCAAGUGAAGAAUCUUGCUCUUUCAAAAACCAAAGCGGCCUUUGAAGAAGGAAAGCUCUUUACGGACGACGACAUGAAGGCAAUGGAACAGAUCACCAUCUCAAGUGACAGUGACCCCAACGCCCACUACUCUGUGCAGGGAGAAGAUGCUGGAGGCUCCAAGGUUAAGAGUGGACAUGUUCAGGAGGAUGAAUCCAAGCAGACUGUGAGCAGUCAUCUGCAUUCUUUUGUGUGA